UAGACCUCUGGGCGAUGAUCAAUGGGUUCCGCUCCUAGACCACCCUCCUCUCUAAGCCCUAACCUCAACAACACCUCUUCUCGUCCUUGUAAAUCAUCCAUCACUGAACCUUCCUUAAACUUAUUCCCUUCCUCUAUAUCAGACUUCUUUAGGCUCAUCACUGUCGUUGUUGUUGCCGCCGCCAUCGCAUUUUCCUGCAACUAUGUUUUCACGUCACUCAAUCAGCAACCCAUGCCUUUUUGCGAUAGCAAUACCGACUUUGAUGACUCUCUCUCCGACUUCUGCGAGCCCUGUCCACUUAAUGGAGUAUGUCAUGAAGGCAAAUUAGAGUGUGCUCAUGGCUACCGGAGGCUUGGGAACUUAUGUGUUGAAGAUUCAAAUAUAAACGAAGCAGCUAAAAAGCUUUCGAAGUUAGUAGAAGCUCUUCUUUGUGAAGAAUAUGCUCAAUAUUCAUGCACUGGCACUGGCACUGUUUGGGUUCAAAGUAACCAAUUGUGGGAGAAAGUGAAUGAAUCAAAAAUAAUGGAUGAGUAUGGCUUGAAUGAGGCUGUUUAUGCUCAUGCCAUGAAAAGAGCCAUGGAGGCACUUCACAGGGAUUUAGAGACAAGACUGAAUGAUCAUGGAAUUGAAGAGUUGAAGUGUCCAGCUUCGCUGGUCCUACAUUAUACACCAGUUUCCUGUCGCAUCCAGCAGUGGAUUCUUGAGCAUGCUUUGUUAUUGGUUCCAGCUUGUGCAUUGCUCCUGGGAUGCACUUUCCUACUGUUAAAACUCCGUCAGAGAUACUACUUGUCAGUUAGAGCUGAACAGAUAUAUAAUGAGGCUUGUGACGUACUUGAAGAGAAGGCAUUGGGUGCAAGAAGUGGCACGCAUGAACCUUGGGUGGUGGCAUCACUGUUACGGGAUCAUCUUCUUUCACCCAAGGAAAGAAAGGAUCCAAGGUUAUGGAAAAAGGUUGAGCAGUUGAUUCAAGAAGACUCUCGUCUAGAGAGAUACCCGAAGAUGGUCAAAGGUGAAUGUAAGGUGGUAUGGGAAUGGCAAGUUGAGGGUUCGUUAAGCUCUUCGGGCAAGAGGAAGAAGGCCAAGGAAAGCAAGCUAGCAUCAGGUCAACAUGCAGAACUCUCCCCUCAGCAAAGAAACUGGCCAUGGAAGGCCAAGGAGCCUGUGAAUUGCUGAGCUUUUUAAUUUACACUCUCGCCCGCCUGCUUUGAAUUGUUGUAUAAUAGUAGUACUUUUUAUCUGGCAAAAUGCAGCUCCCAGUGUCAUGAUCUUAGGUCCAUGAUACACGUCUCAGAGUAGCCUUGUAAAUCUAGUUAUUCAUCUGGCAUUAAUGACAUUAGUGUGCAACAGAAAACACAAUUUUUUUUUCACAAUAACAGAAUUCUUGUGGAAGCUUCAUGGUCCUUUAAAUGUGCUCUCUUUAUGUCACAUUUCUGUA